UAAAAAAAAUUCAAAUAAAAUCAUCGUCUUCUUCUUCUCCUCCUCCUUCUUUUGCUUAAAAAUAGAUUUGUCUUUUUGCUUCGUUAGCAUUCAAUUCGCGUUUCCUUAUCCUCUCUCCAUCAAAAAAAGGAGGAAAAAAACAUUUUAUAUCUCUCUAUCUUUAGUACCGUACACCGACUGAUGCUAGCUGUCUUACCUUUAUUCUCUCUCUAUAAAAAGCAAACACGGUACAUAAAGCAUCUUGCGCGCCUCUCUAUAUAUACCACGAGAAAAGAGUAAACAUAAGGAGUUUGCUUCUAUCAUCAAUUAUCAAAAAAGAAAAUAAUGGGUCUUCAAAGUCAUGAAAAUCAAAUAACUUUUGGAAAUCAUGAUCAUCAGUUUCAUCAACAACAACAACAAACUCAACAUCAGCAUCAACACCAACAACUAUUAUUUCAAAAUAAUUCUGAUCAGCGAAGUAACGCUGAUCAGAUUUCUUUUGGAAUGUUACAUCAGUCAUCUUCUGUCAUACCUGAAAAUUUCAUAAAUAAAGAGAGUAGCAGUACUGGAGGUUAUGAUUUAGGUGAACUAGAUGAUCAAGCACUUUUCCUUUACCUUGAUGCUCAAGAUCCUUCUUCUAAUCAUGAUCAAAUACAAAAUAAUUCAGAGAUGAUGAGACCACCAACUCUCAACAUUUUUCCAUCACAACCCAUGCAUGUUGAGCCAUCAUCCACAAAGGGAAAUACUGGAUUUGUUUCUAGUGGUUCUGAAAAAUCAUCUGAGCCAUCCAUAAUGGAGUUAUCAAAAUCCAAAAAUAAUGUACUUUCUACUUCUUCUGGACCUGAACCUAAAAUUCCUAAGCGAGAGUGGAAUAGGAAAGGUCAAAAUUCAGGUUCAGAGCAAAAUGCACCUAAAACAACAGAUCAUAAGACAUUGAGGAGACUUGCUCAGAAUAGAGAGGCAGCUAGGAAAAGCAGAAUUAGGAAAAAGGCUUAUAUUCAACAACUAGAGUCAAGUAGGAUAAGGCUUGCCCAGCUAGAGCAAGAACUACAAAGAGCUAGAUCUCAAGGUUUUCAUUUUGCGGGUACUCUUUUAGGAGGAGACCAAGGACUUCCUAAUAACAUUGCAAACAUGACCUCAGAAGCUGCAGCGUUUGAUAUGGAGUACUCAAGGUGGCUAGAAGAACAUCAUCGUCUCAUGUGUGAGCUUCGAAAUGCAGUGACUGAACAUUUUCCGGAGAACGAUCUUCGAAUUUACGUCGAAAAUUGUGUCACACAUUACGAUGAAAUGAUGAAUCUCAAGAGCAUACUUUUAAAAACCGAUGUCUUUCAUCUUAUUUCCGGCAUGUGGAGAACUCCGGCGGAGCGUUGUUUCAUUUGGAUGGGAGAUUUCCGCCCAUCCGAGCUUAUCAAGAUAAUCUUGAGUCAAAUAGAGCCAUUAACAGAACAACAAUUUGUGGGAAUAUGUGGAUUACAACAAUCAACACAAGAAGCUGAGGAAGCUCUCUCACAAGGGCUGGAAAAUCUGAAUCAAUCAGUUUCAGACACAAUUGUCUCUGAUGCAUUAUUGGCUAAUUGCCCUCAAAACAUGGCUAAUUAUAUGGGACAAAUGGCUAUUGCCAUCAACAAACUCUCCACUAUUGAAGGCUUUGUUAGACAGGCGGAUAAUUUGAGACAUCAGACUAUUCAUCGACUUCAUCAAAUUUUGACGAGCCGUCAAGCUGCAAGGUGUUUUUUGGCAAUUGCUGAAUAUUUUCAUAGGCUUAGAGCUCUCAGCUCUCUUUGGGUGGCUCGGCCUCGACAUGAAUAACUUAAAAACUUUUAAUUAGCUAGCUAGCCACGUUAAUUAUAAUUUCUAUAGAUAAUUUCUAUAGGUCCUUAAUAUAUUUUCUCUAAAAUCACUCUCCUUCUUUGUUAUUUUUAUAUUUUCCUUAACCUUUUAGUUUAUAUAGAUAGAUGUGUAGAUAAACAAAAGAAAUUACUAGUGUAAAAUUAUGAAAGUAGAACUUAAUGAUCUCCUUUAA